AUGCGCAAAGUUGUCUCUGCUCUUCUCCACAUUUUCGUCUUUGUUCUCCCGCACUCGCUGUCGUUCUUCCCUCACUUCUCAGAGGGGCUCGGUGAAGACCCGAAAGAGCACCGAGAGGAACACACCAGACAGAAGAAGCGGAGUCGACUCGAGCGAGUCCUCUCGGUCCGACUGGGCUUGACGAGGUUCCGGAAGAAUCUCUUCUUCGCAAUGGCGGACUCGCGUUUCGGGACGCGAGAGUCUCCACGAACCCACUCUUCUCGUUCUUCGCGACCCCUCUCGCUGUCUCCGCCGAGAGGAGACACGCGCCCGUCGUCGCCGUACACCUUUCGGGGCUUUCCACAUGGGCCUUCCCCACAUGGGCCUUCCCCACAUGGGCCUUCCCCACAUGGGCCUUCCCCACAUGGGCCUUCUCCACGUGGGUCUUCCCCACAUGGGCAUUCCCCACAUGGGCCUUCUCCACAUGGGCCUUCUCCACAUGGGCAUUCCCCACAUGGGCCUUGCUCCGGUGUCUCCUUCGGAGGCGCGGAGGUGCCGCCGUACCCUCCCUCUUUUCCUUUCGCGCCGUACGAAGAAGAGCGGAAGAAAGGGUGUGUUCUGACAGCGAGCAAGUACUCCAGCACCCCACUCGCGCCUGGAAGGCCCUUCCCGUGCGGGCGAGGCGGCUCUGCAGGCCCCGACGCGGCCUUCGCGUACUCUUCUGUCUCCUUUCCCUUUCAGCCUCUUCGGCGCCCCGGGAGCACAUGCACCCUGCGACCUUCUCCCUCGUUCCUCUCUGAAGCAGCCGGGGGGCGAGGCCCGAGCCGCAGAGAAGGAGACAGAGACAGAGACGCCUGGUGGUCCGGCGAGACUUGCCCGAGAGAAGGCGAAAAGAGCAGAAGUCGCAGCGUGAGCAACAUCAGUAGUCGCAGCGCGAGUUCUCUCUCUCCGCCUUCUUCUUCGUCCACUUCUUCUGGCACCUUCGCUCUCGCCAAGAACGCGCGCGGCCGGAAAGAACCACGAGAACGCGAGGGGCGAGCCAGAGGGCGAGGAGACACCGAGGAGAGAGAAGCACCUCCCCGGCCAGGGCCUGUCGUGCCUGUUCGUCUUGUCUCGGGUCCCCGACGAGAAGAUGCAACUCACGGGAGGCGAGCGGAAGGCCGAACGGAAGGCCGAACGGAAGGAAACCUCGGAGGACAGAGUGAGGGGAACAACGCGAGAGGGGGGACGGAGUCUGUGGCCUCGCCUUCUCGGCCCGCUGGUCGAGGACAAGGAGACGCAGAGCGACGCGAGAGAGAGACGACUCGCAAGGGGACGCGGCGGCGGGAGAACGAAGGGAAUGACACAGAGAAGGACGAAGCCGGAGACAUGCCACCACGGCAUGCAGCUGAGGACGCCGGAGAGACUGCCUCGAGAAAAUCUGAAGCAGCAGAUCUCGCAGCGAAAGAGGCAAACCCCGCGAGUCCAGAGGCAACGCAGACGCAGCCUGGAACUCGCCUGUCGGCUCGUGUCGACAAGGCAGACUUAGCCUGUACUCGAGGCACCGCAAGUGACUCUUCUUCGUCGUCUUCCUCUUCUUUUGUGUGUGUGAAACAAGCGGUCGACGAGGUGCCUGGCGAGGCAGGCGACCGAUCUGGGUCUUCUCAUGUCGCUGUGGGGUCGAGGGCUCCUUCGCUAAAUGCCAUGGCGUCUCGUCGUUCAGGGUCUCCAGCGUCGAAGGCCUCUUCCACUUCCUUUCUCUCGGAGUGCGAAGCCGAAGACAGAGAAGGGGAGUCGAACUUCCGUUCGGCCUCACCUGUCUCUGUCCGUCGCUCGCGGUCUCCGGUUUCACCCUUCCGCGGGCCGGUAGAGCCCAAGGCUCGGCGACACCCCUUCGCCGACCGCGCGCUUCCCCCGCGGCGGGCCUCUCCCAAUGCCCUCGACAGGAGACGCGUACCGUUCGGGGGCUGCAUGCGGCCGCGGGAGGGUGACUCUCGGAGUAUCAUCGAUUUCGAGGCGUCGCGCCAUCUGAACGCCCUCCCUCAAACCUUCUCCCCAGGCCGAAGGGCACCGGCUCCGCUGCAUGCGCGCCAGGGCCUGCGGGGCGAGGCUGGUCUCUCUCGCGCGUCCUCGCGGUCGCCGUCUCCGCUGGGGAGCUCCGAGCGAGCAGAGUCGCGGGAGCGAGAGGCCUCUCGGUCGCUGCGGAAGUUUGGGGACCCACUCGACGAAGCGGCUGCGUUCCCGCUGCGGAGACUGGGCCUGGAGGCGAGGUUUGAACCUGAGACAAACUCGAGGUUCUCCUCGCGGGACCGCGACCGCAGACUCGAAGACGAACGCCGACGCGUAGGCCUACACUCUGCGCAUGCAGUGCAAGCAUUUGGGGCUGCUGGAGGGUACGAAGAGGCGCCGCGCUCUUCUUCUCGCGAGAGACCUAUCGACGAGCGCCGGCGGAGUGUGGAGGAUCGCUCGACUUCUCUGGGGAGAGACCGGCCGCGGAAGAGACCAUACGCAUGCAGCCUUGGAUCGAGUUUCCGCGAAUGUGCUGACGAGGAACAAAGUCGCCUCAGAGAGGAGGAGCGACAGUUUGGGUCCUCACGCCCGUUUGUACGGCCUCUCCUGCCUGCAGAGCCUGGAUUCGGUCAGUCUCAAAGUCUCCCGCGCAUCAUCCCGCCCCCCGCGUUCUUCCCCAACUUUGGGCUGAACAGCGGAAGCGCGUUCCCCGCCUACUCGCGACUGCCGCCUCUCCUGCCGUCGCCAGACGCCGGACUCAGUCGCUUCCUCGCAUGCGCCAGUUCGCCAGACACACGCUUCGGACCUGCGCGCGGAGACCCUCGAGAAGCAGAACGCGGCAGGCGAGACUCGGGCGGACUGGACCGGAUGGAAGGCCGACUCGAAGACUGCAGAGACCUGGACGAUCCGCCGAGGCGCCCGAGGGCUUCGGCUUAUAUUCGGAGACGCUCAACCUCGCCUUUCCGGGGCUCGCCUGCGUCGCCCGUUGUGCUGGGCAGGGAGCGGGAGGACGCGUUCCGGGACCGGAGGAGGGAGGAGGGAGAUUGCGGGCCGCAUGGCUUCGACGAGGACGAGAGACCGGGAAGAAGGCGAAGAGAAGCAGGACAGGCUGCGGCUGCGCUGCCUCCGCUGCUGCCCUCACCGCCGUACAGGAGUUUCUCGCCUGCGAGACGCCGGGAAACGCUGAGCGGUCGAGGAGCCAGGAGCGCCCAGGCGAAGGUCGAAGUAGCGCCUUGUCUCCUUGGCCGCGACGGAGACACCCAGCCGGCAACGCGGUCUGCACGAGUCAACGAGCGCAGCAGCAGAAACCGGUCGCCCUCGGCCUGCUCUUAUCGGAGCCGGUCGCAGGCCUCUGAAGCGUCGCCGAGAAGCACCCGCAGAGCCCGGGGCUUCCUUGGGUCUUCCGCGCAUGCGGGACCGUUGCGAGACGCAGAAGAAGCCGGCGAAAUGGAGAGAGAGAAGGCUCGAGAGAAGAAGCGAGAGCGGGAGAGAGACAGCGAUGGAGAGUUCGAGAGAGAGGAAAGAAGAAGGCCUUUCGAGAGGCCGAGGGGUGCCCGCACCUUGUCUCUGGAGAAAGAAGAAGAGGAACGGAGAGAGGGCAAAAAGCGAGAGUCGAGGCGAGACGAGAAAGACGACGGAGAAGACGGAGGAGAAGGCUUUCAGGGACGAGGACGAAGCCGCAGUCUCCUCUCGGCAGUCGACCCGGAAGGCGAGGCGGUGCCGGCCGCGUCCGCGGGCCGGUGGCGAGGAGGAAGAAGCGAGAACGGGGGAGAGGAAGGCCGGAGAAGCGGCCAAGGGUGUCCGGACCUCGAGAGACAAAGGAAGGCUUCUCUGUCUCCGUUUUCAACUUCGUCACGAGACGGCCGAGACAGAAUCCGCGAGCGACAAGGCCGAGACAGAGAUGAACCGUCGGGGUCCUACGGUGCGGAGCGACGCGGCGCGAGAGGUCGCGAAAAAACGAGGAGACAAGACACCUUGUGGGAGGGCGAGGGGGCACCCUCCGGAAAAGACAAGCUACCUUGGUCUGGUUCACGGAGGUCCUCCCUCGCUUCACUACCUGACAAAGAACGAGGCAGAGAAGAAGCGCGAGCAAGAGAAGGACGAGGACGAGAAGACAAACGAGGAAGAGAAGACAAGCGAGGAAGAGAAGAGAGGAGACGUCGGCGGCUGUCGAGCACAGGAAGCGAGUUGGGAGGCCUUGCGAGUCGAAGCAGACGGGGAUCUGCUUCUUCCUUUGUUUAUGAGAGAAAAGAAGCUAAGCGUCGUUCGUCUCGGUCACCGUCAUCUGCGUCUUUCAUUUCGGGAGCCCCAGUCGGCCGCCGCGCGGGAGAGAAAGAACGGAGACUCGAGGGAGAGAUUCCAUCCACGAGGAAGAAGAUGGAGCGCGACAGAGACAGUCCAGAGCCUCAUGGAAGAGAGCGCGACGACGCCGGGCGGGCGGCGCGGGGGCGAGGCGACGCAGACGAGCGAAAGAAGGCGAGAGAGGCGCUGGAAGCGAAACAGACUCUGGAGGCGUCCGAGACGCGGCUCGGCGCAGGCGAUGCCGACGGAUCCCGGAAGCGCGAGCGAACGAACGUCGACGGGAGGACGUUGAGGAAGCGAGGAAAACUCGACAGACUUUCCUCCGCGUCGCUUUCUUCGUCGUGUACAGCUGAAGACAACGCGCGAUUCGCGAGGGGCUUCUCCCGAUCGCCGUCUGUGAAAAGCCGAGGAGAGAGGCGAAGACGGAGAAGUUUGGAGGCGACCGCCGAGCCUACGUCUGCUUUUGGCGCUUCACGACAAACUGGCGCGGACCGAGCUUCUCUUGGAAGAGACGAGGAAGCGUGGACGGGCAGCGGCCGUCUCCCGCCCCAGCGGCCGUACUUGAUGAUUCGCCGAAGCGGCGACGAAGACGAGUUGGAGCGGACUGCAUGCAGGGACGGAGACACUUUGGAGACGGGCGAGACAGGGACGAGAAAGCGGCUCGUCGCACGCCUUAGAGAGGCAGACCGGGCAUCCCGCUCGCAGUCGCGAGGGCCGGAAAGGCCGUCAGGCGGCGGUCUCGCGGAGUCCAGGAAGGGAGAGAGACGGAGACACUUGUUAUCGCCUUUGCGUCCUGAGUCUCCGGAGCGCCGCCCUUCCUCGCAGCGAAGACUGCGAGAGAGCGACGACGGAGAAGACGCAAGAGAGGGAAGAAGCGCGUUUCCUCGGGGGCGCUCGCGGUCUUUUUCAGGCUCGCGAGGCGAAGAAAAAGACAGCGCGAGUCGCCCAGGCACUUUGCGCAGGGAGAGAGCGGAGUCAGGAGAGGAGCGAGGGCGACGAGGAAAGCAGAGAGAUGACUUUUAUCACAAGCGAGCGCGAACGGUUUCGCUGUCUCGGUCUCGGAGUCCGCCCUCCCCCCCGUCACCGGAGGCCGCUCGGUGGUCGCCUGUCUCGUUUCCACGUCGCUUUGGACAUGGAGGCGACGCGAGCGAAGAGCGGCUCUCAGAAGAGCGAGACAGACGACAAGGUGCAGGCUUCCCCUCGCCGUCUCGUGCUGACUCGCAGGGCUCCUGCCUGCGGAUGUCGACCUUCCGCGAGACCGGCGCUCCUGCCGAGCGUCGACUCACUUCUCAGGGAUCCACCUCCCGCAUUCACGAAGAGCGAGAAGAGCUCUUCCUCGAACAGGAGUUGCUCGGUGAAGAGAGAGAGCGCAGAGAGGGCGCGGACGGCGAAAAGCGUGGGUCGCGGCUCUGCGGGGCCUUUUUGCGGCGCGGCUCCGACGGAAAGAGAUCCGCGAGGCUCCUGGAAGAAGAGCGACCUCGGGAACGCGCCGCACAUGCAAACCUCUCGGCGCGGCACCCGGGAGACUCCGGAUUCCACGAAGACGGCGACGAGCACUCGGGAGUGUCUCCGCUGGCUCGAAGGCUCCUGGACGGUUGGGCCCUGCGGGGCGGAGUCCCGGGAGGGUGCGAGGAAGGAGACCGGAGACAGCUCGCAGAGGGUCGGGAAGAUGACGGGGAGAGGUCGAAGAUGGCCGAGCGCCGCCGGCGCUUCAACGAACUCAAGCUUUCGUCUUUCUCGCGCCGGAGCAAGUCGCCGUCCGCAUGCGGGGAGGCGCGCGGGGUGGGGACCCGCGAAGAGGUCCAUCGCGGGCGCAGACACGCAGAGGAAGAGACCUUCAUUGACGGCAGAGACAAAGAGCGGCAACUGUCCGACAGAAGACUUGAGGACAGACGCAGAGUCGCCCCGGAGGAACAGGGCCUUCUAGGUCCCCCCCCUGACGCACCAGGCUUUGCUCCAGCCUUGGGCGCGUUUGGGUCCUUUUCUGCGUUUUCCUUCUCGCACUCCUCGUCUGCGCCGCCCUUGCUCCUGCGUCCGCCGCAAGCGGUGCUUUGUCCGGGAUCCUCCUCGUUCGAUUCUUUCUCGCCAGGACCCGCAGGACCUUCUCACGGCGACUUGGGGACGGUCGCUGCUGGCGCGGCUCUGCGCCCACACUCGCCCUCUCGGCCUGCGCCGCCUCCGGUGCCUCCCCUGGGUUCGCCUGUUCCGGCGCUCGGCAGUUCGCGCAUGCACUCGCAGCAGAGUCGCGGCUUGCGUGAAGAAGAAAAGGAGAGGCGACGCGCCCGCACAGCCUUUGUGUCUGUCUCCGUCGUGGACAUCUGCACUGGGAAGGUUGGAAAGGCCGAACCCAGGCCCCCACACGCUCCUGCGCAGGACCACAAGGCCUUUCUGCGCCUCUUCCGAGCGCGACGCGAGGCGAAUCAAAGGUGGGCGGCGGCCAUGCGUGAGCUGCGGCACCGCGAAAUCUUCCAAGGCGUUGCGGCUCUGGAGUCGAUUGAGCGUGUGAAUGCGGAGUUGCAGUGGCUGAGUGAGGCUGCACAAAAGCUCGGAGCUGCUGCUAUUGGAACGCGAGCUUCACCCACAUCGCCGCCUUCCUGCGCCGCCGAGGCUUCUCUCUCUUGUGGUCUUCCUGCGUCUCUCGCCUUCUUUUCUCCGUCCGGCUCGCCAGUGCCGAGCCAGCCCCCUGCCCUUUUUCCUCCGGAGACAGAGAGGAGCUCCAAAGAAGGGAAGGAGAGAGACGGACGCAGAUCGAAAGGCGAAGACGCGGGAGGCGUGGAAGCGAACGAGAGGAACGGCGAGUAACGCAGGUCGCAAAGAAGCGGCGAAAGCGUCGAACUCCUGGCGGGCAAACCGAACGCGCAAGGCAGUCAACAGACAGCGCGAACGAAGAAGGAAGAAAGAAGAGAGCGGGAAGCAGCGAGUAGGGAGUUCUUAAGCGAGCGUUUUUAGCGUCCGAAAGUUGAUGUGAAGAGAACAAUGCAGUAUAUCGUUCUAUUGAGGAUGAGGCAGAGUAUGAGGUGAAAGGGAAAGCAGAUGGGGAAGACAUGUUUGUGUUGUUGUGUUGUCGGAAUAAAUGCCAAGGCAACAGACUUCGUUACUAAGUGCGUCUGGCUCGGCGUUUUCU